UUUCUAUAUUACUCGCUCGCAUCAAUCAAUCCGUUCCACUCCUUCGCCUGCACUCGUACACGCAGCAAUCACCCAGCAGCAACCCUGAACUCUUGUUGAGUUCGAACGCCAUGGCGGAAACUUCUCUGGCCGACAUUGUCAAGGCUGCUCGCGAUCGCAAGAAGCGGGAGGCUAUCGCGCAGCAGUUUCUCGGAAGCCAGGCGCGCAAAGCCAAUGCUUCAGGAUCUGGGGCCGGCGCUGCUCGCCCUAGGGACCAGAAGCCUACCCUUCUGAGUCGUACCAGCGGUAUUCAAAAACAGCGUUCAUCAUCGGCCAGGCCAGCUGCAAGCAUCGACGGGAAAUGGCAACACGAUCUGCACCGAGAGAACAACCCAAAUGGCCCGGGUCCGAAACGCCUGAACCGCACUGCCUCGUCCUCACAAAUCGAUCGCAACACGCGUUCCUUCGACAGAUUCACCUCUAAUUUGGGCAAGAACGCUCAAAAUGCGAGGGACAACAACGAUGGUCCGGGGUUCAAUAUCAAGGGUGUCGCAAGCCGCGGCCCCUACACGAUUGUCGCCAGCAACUUUGCGCAAGGAACCACCGGCAGCGAUAUCGAACAAGUCAUGGCUCCCCAUGGACACGGCUCCUUUUUGAGCGCGCGCGUCAUCACGCCUGGACCGACCGUCAUGGCUGAAAUCGACUUCGAAACCAAGGAUGGUGCCGACAACGUGAUUCAGAUCUUCAAUGGCAAGAAGGCUGAUGGAAAGGUACUCUAUGUGUACCACAAGAACAACACAUCUGCCCUGCAUGCGCGCCCCUCAACACGUGCUCCUCAGCAGUCUUUCGACGACAUGGACGUUGACAUGAAUGGUGGCGGACGUAACGGGGGCUUCCAGGACGGCCGUUUUGGCUUCCCCGACAACCAGAGAGGACCACCCCGUGGCCCACGGCGACGCUACUGAACGCGCACGACCAAUUAUGUUGAUUCAAACAUGUACGAUACCCUUUCGGCGAAACCAAUCAAUAACGAAUGAUGCUAUAACGGGGGAGUGGAUAACACAGCCGGCCACCAAAGCUCCGUGGAACGGCUCAAAAGUAGUCGCGAAAACACUAUUAAUCUAGUUGCACGGCCGACCAUACGAGGCGGCCUUUAAAAGAAAAUGACAUAUAUGACAAAAAAAUGACCUCGCUUUCACUCGCGCAAAAUCCCCUGCCUUGGGACGAGAGGCUCUAACUCUCUCCCGCCA